AUGAAAUCAGCACAAAACGGUACAACUCAAAAUAUUAAUUCUAAUGAAAAACCAAAAUUAGAAAAUCAGAUAAUAAAAAUCAAUAAUAGCAAUCUCGAAGAUUUAGCGAAUGAAAUUCUUUAUGAAAUAUUCGAUUAUCUUGAUACAUAUGAUGUUUAUAAAGCAUUUUGUCAUCUUAAUCAACGAUUUAAAAAUUUACUUUUAAGUUCAAACGUUUCAAUGAAAAUCAACAUUUCAAUAAUGUCGAGAUCGAAAUUUGAAGAUUAUAGUAUUAAUAUUCUUCUAUCAAACAGACAACGAAUUCGAUUACUUCGUUUAACAAACCCAUUUAUUGUUGAUGCAAUUUUUUCACCACCAAAUAUUAUUUCAGAAUUUAUUCGUCUUGAAACAUUGAUUCUUGAAAAUGUUCAAUCAAACUAUCUUGAUGAUAUUUUCUAUUGUUUAAAGUCUUUACCUAAUUUUCAUUCAUUAAUUUUUCAGCUCGCCUAUCCUAUUGAUUAUUUAACUGAUAUUUUUUCCAAUAUACUUCCAUUACCAAAAUUAAAAUAUUGCAAGAUUACAUAUUAUGAUGUAACAAUUCGUAAAGCACCAUUAUAUAUUAAUUUGACUGAAUUCGAUCGUAGUCCUAUUGAACAUUUAAUCAUCAAUGGUUAUUUUCCAUUCGAAUUAUUGAAUUAUUUACUAUAUUGUCUUCCUCGACUUUGUCAUUUAUCAAUUAAUUGUCUUCACAUCGAUGACAAUAGAGACAUGGAGAUCCAAUUACCUUUGAUUGAGUUAAAAUAUUUAAAAUACAUUUCUCUUAAACUUGAUGGUAGGGUACCUUUCAAUCAAUUUGAAAAUCUAGCAAAAAGAUUUUUCCGCAAUGUUAAAAGUUUACGUCUCACUACAUAUUUUGAAAAAGCUUACUUAAAUGCUCAACGAUGGGAAUCAUUAAUAUUAUCAUAUAUGCCUAAUUUACAUAUUUUUGAUAUUACCCACCGGAGCUCUGUACAAAUUGAUUUAUCAUGUCAUGAUGUGAUGCAUCAAUUUAAUUCUUCGUUUUGGAUUGAAAGGAAAUGGUUUUUUACUCAUCAACAUGUUUGGGAACCAAGUGGAAAGGACAGAAUCUUUUGUUCAACAAAUCCAUAUCGAAGACAAGAUCAUUUACUUUGUGUUGAAUGUGAUAAUCGAAAUUUCCAAAAUAUUGAAGAAAUCAAUUUGAAUUCAGUUACACAUCUUUCUAUUCGUAAUGGAGAAGCAAUAUACAAUUCUAUAAAUUAUUUUCCAAAUGUUACUCAAUUAAGUAUUGACUAUCCUUUUAAAACAUCCAAUUAUUCAAUUUCAACAACUCUUAAUCGUUUGCUUCCUUUGAAACAACUUACUCGAUUAAAUUUUGGUCGUCAUAUUUUUCCUUUUGAAGAAAUAGUGAAAUUACUAUGUUUUACACGUAAUUUAAAUGUGCUACAAUUGGAAUUUUCCCUUCGAGAUGAAACUGAUAUCAAGUCAAUUCAAGAAAGUGAAACUUUUCAAUAUGUAUCAAAGACCAAUAAAAUAAAAAUUCUCAAUAUUCUUAAUGAAUAUUCAUUUAAACAACUUGAACUAGUUGCUGGUUUACUUCCAAGAUUAGAAUAUCUUAAAACUGGUAUUGAAACAACAGAACUUAAACAGAUGAUUCACUUUUUACUAACAAAAUGUCAUGGACAAUUACAAGAUUUAUUCUUUCUACAUAUUUCACAUAUGCAAAUAGCAUGCAUACAAGACAUAUAUAUUUUAAUUAAAUGUGAAAAUUUGCUUGAUCAUUAUUUUAUUGACUAUGUUAAAGAUGAUUUAUAUAUAUGGUGGUAA